AUGUCCGAACGAGGCUCGUUCCGAGGAGGAGGUGGUGGUCGUGGCCGCGGCGGAGGUUAUGCCCGGGGCGGUCAGCGCGGUGGCGGUGCAGGUGGCGGUGCAGGACAGCCACACCAGCAACAACAGGAGAGGCCCAAGAAGGAGAAUAUCCUUGAUCUGUCCAAGUAUAUGGACAAGGAGGUUAAAGUGAAGUUUAGCGGCGGUCGCGAAGUAUCGGGAACGCUCAAAGGCUACGAUCAGCUUAUGAACCUGGUCUUGGAUGAAGUUAAGGAGUCUAUGCGCGAUGACGAAGGUAACGAGACGACUCGUGCCCUCGGGUUGAUCGUGGCCCGUGGCACCUUGAUCGUGUUGAUUUCGCCCGCCGAUGGUAGCGAGGAAAUCGCCAAUCCUUUUGUUCAGCAAGAGGAGUGA